AUGGGCUAACGUUGCAUGAGUGCUGGCGUCAAAGUCGUGGUGUUGCAUAGCGUUGCCUAAAGUUCUCGAAAUCGACCGAGUGUCCGCUUUUGACAAACCAUGAUUUGUUUCGUGCUGUGGUGCUUGACGUGUAUACCCUGAAACUUGUUCCUAGGGUGCCGUUUAUUUAUUUAUUUAUCUCCGCCUUCUCACUUGCGUUCUCCGUCUUCAACAUGAAGUGUCAUUACGAAGUUCUCGGAGUGUCCAAGAACGUGGCACCCGAUGAGCUGAAAUUGUCCUACAGAAAGCUCGCGCUGCUGUGGCACCCAGAUAAGAAUCCGGACAAUCUUCAAGAGGCGACGGAACAGUUCAAGCUCAUCCAGCAGGCCUACGAUGUUUUGAGCGAUCCACAGGAACGGGCCUGGUACGACAAGCACCGUGAUGCCAUACUCAAAGGAGGCCUUGGCAGUGACUACAAGGAUGAUAGUCUAGACGUCUACUGCUACUUCAACUCCUCCUGUUUCAGUGGUUAUGGAGAUGACGAAAAGGGAUUUUAUGCGGUGUUUCGAGACGUCUUUCAAAGAAUUGCUGCCGAGGAUGAACCCUACCAUGAUGACCCUGUGGUUGUGCCAGGCUUUGGAAACAGCACCAGCUCAUAUGAUGAGGUCGUUGGCCCAUUUUAUGGCCACUGGCAGAGCUACUGCACGGCCCGGACCUUUGCCUGGCUCGACACGUACGACGUCCGGACGGCACCAAACAGGCGAGUGGCACGACUCAUGGAACGCGAGAACCGCAAGGUGCGAGACGCCGCAAGACGGCAACGCAAUGAGGAAGUCAAGCAAUUGGUUCAGUUUGUCCGGAAGCGAGAUCGGAGGGUUCAAAGAAGAAAGAGAGAGCUCGAGGAGAAGGCAGCCGAGAGUGCGCGGAAAUCCGAGGCCAAGCGUGUGCAGAGGAUUUUAGAGCAGAAAAAAGCUAUGGAGAAUUACGAGGAGUCCGAGUGGUGUUCAAUGGCACAGCUUGAAGUCCAGCUGAAGGACAUCGAGGCCCAGCUGGACUCGCAGUUUGGCGAGGGAAACGACGCACAGUCCGGUGGAACCGCAGAACAGCCAGCAGAGAAUGGUGCAGACUCGGUGACCGAUGACUCUGAGGAUGAUGAUCCAGACGAGCUUUACUGUGUGGCCUGUGAUAAGUGCUUCAAAUCUGAUAAAGCAUUCGCCAACCACGAGAAGUCAAAGAAGCACAAGGAAAAUGUGCAGUUUCUCAAAGAAGCCAUGCAGGAAGAGGAGGCACAGUUUGCUGGCACAACAGUUCCGUCAGAAGAAACGGCCCCCGCCGAAACUCAAGACGCUGGAGACAAUGUAGAAACGAAGCCGCCGAAGGCAAAACAUAAAAAGAAAUCGAAAAAGUAAAAGCAUUCAAAUUAUGUGAACAUAA